GUUUAUGGUGAUGACGUUUCAUGAAUCGGAGACAAAAGUGAUGAUGUUAAUAGAACUAAAACUGAAGGUGGUGAUAGAGUUGAAGUAGAUGCGUGGAUGAAGCCCGACGGUGGUGGUCGGCAAAUAAUUGUGGUCCGGCAACAAGCAAAAACGAAAUGGAAGACAAAGGUUGAAGACAAGGACAAAAACGUAAUUGCAUUAGGCCUAAAAUGGCAAAUCCAAAAGCCCAUAUCAAAAAUGGCAUAAACAAAAGAUUUG